AGCGUGAGCCAUCUUUUGGGAAACGCCAACUACUGAGUGGAUCUAUGAGGCUGCUUCCUUGUUUUCUAGUUUAAAGAAACUUUCCCUACGUGGAGUCCAACUCCUGAAAGUGACCUUUGCGGGAGGCUGGCUGGGAUCAGAGGGCAGGAAGGCUCGGGAGAAGAGGAAACCUGGAGCACCAGCAAGGAGGCUGGAAGGCGGCUAUUGGAAGGAACUCGUGCGGCUGUUGUUGUGGGAUGAGAAGCCGCCAGGCGCCGGCCGCGGUCCCUGUGUGUUUGACAACAACCUCUCCUGGUCCUGCCGGGGCAGUGUGCGGGAGAGCUCUGCCAGCGACAAGCCCCAUGAAGAAAAUACUCUGAAGACAAUGGAGCUGUGACAUUCUACAUCAACUUGCCAACUGGAACUAUGGAAAUUAUAGAAGAUUGCCAGCACGGUCAUGCUGGGCUGGUGCCAAAUGGAUACAUGAACAAGAUUUUUCAAGCCAAUCCAGAGGAUGGGAGCACUGAGACACUAAAGAUUUGUGACCUUCAGCACUGUAACUCCAGAGGCAUCAACCAAAAUGCAAGGGAAGAGGCAGCCAGGUAUAAGAAGAAAGCCAAGGGCAACCGGAUUUGGAAUUUUGUUAGCCGAAGGAAAGGUCCCUCCAUGAAUAACAAAAGACCCCAGUCCAUGAUCCUGCUAGGAGAUACCUCAGAGAUCUUAGAAGAAAAACGCAAGAUGUCCUUCAUGGAGAGGGUGAGGUCCUUUAAAAAGCUAAGAACCUCCAGCAUGUCUAAAAAUGUGGAUUUGAGACCCUCCAAAGCCAAAGUUUCUCGCAUCCCUGAGGAGGACCAGGAGGACAGUGACCAAAGGGCAGUCUACAGGAUUAAGAAACUAGCUGACAGUCAGAGGCCUUUCCGUCAUUCGUAUGCAGGGUACAUCGAUGAUUUGGAUUCUUCCUUUGAAGAUGUAGAGUUAAAUGUCAGCAUUCCAGAAAUUGAUGCCAAUGAAAAUAAAUGGCUCAGGGAUAUUAGUGUCAGAAUACACAAUGAAGAUAAUGAUAGUAACUGCCAUAAAAUAUCAGCUAGAAAGAGCAAGCUUUUGAAUUUUGAAAACUCUAAGAGUUCUGCGAUUACAGAAAGGGACAAUCAAAAGAGGUGUCCCAUGCUUCCUGAGGAGAGCAGGAGAGGAAAAAGCUCUGAUGUCUGGAGCUAUCUGAAGGGAAUUUCAUUGUCUAGCAAAGAUAAUUCAAAGUUGCUCAAUCAAAGUGUUGAAACAAAUUUCCAGAACUUAGAAAAUAUAACUGAUAAUUCUGCUUCUUAUUUUGACUUUGAUACGAGAUGUGAGGAGAAUCUUAGCCAUCCUAAAAAAUCAAACAGUGAAAUGAAAGCCAGUCACUUUGGUGGUGUUCUUCGGUUCUUUAACAGUGUGGCCGAGGCAGCUAGGAAGUGGCGAGGCUCUUCCCGGACAUUUUCACAGGGAGAACAAAGACCUCAGUCCAAUUUCAGAAGUCAGAGGCAGGAAGCCUCCUCCCACAAAGAAUCUUUGGUUAUUCAGAAUGAAAAUGCCAGAGCUUUCUCUUCAACGGGAAUGUCAUUGCGGUCUCCAGAUUCUGGGAUUUGGGAUAAUCAUAGUUCUGAGAGUUCAACAGGAAAAGUGCUGCCUCAGCAAAGUGUUGAAGCAGAGUUAUCUGAAGAGAUCAGCAGCUCUGCUCUGGACAAUGAGAAUGAUAGUUUUAACGAACUUUCUGACCUUGGGCCAGGUCCAUCCAUCUCCCCACUGCCAGAACUUCCAGAUGACCAUUAUGCUCUGUUAAGCACACAAGGCCCAUCUAAGGCUCUUUCACAGUUUCCAGACAUGCCUGUGACUGAAUUAGAUGCUCGGGACCCGGGCAGCUCUCCGGCGGCGGAUGCUCGGGACUCGGGCAGCUCUCCGGUGGCGGAUGCUUGGGAACUUGGAAAUAUUGAGUUACAUUUGAAAGACAGGGCUAAGACUAAACUGGGUAUUCAGGAACUGAGUAGCACUCCAAAGUAUACUCAGGACACUAGGAGUACUUCAGUGGAUAUUCAGGACCUGGACAAGACUCAAUCACAUUCUCAAGAUCUUUCUAAGAGUAAACUGGAUACUCGGGACCCAGAGAGUGCUCUGACUUGUACUCAAGGCCUCUUUGCAGUUACUCUUUUAAAACAUGCAACAGAUAAUGAGAAAGCUUUAGAAUUGGAGGAUUCUCCUAUCAAAGAACAUGAAAUAAGUUUACCAGGAGAACAAAUUUCCAUGGAGAGGCCAGACAAAGCAAAUCACUUUAAGUAUAGUAAAGUGUGCCAUCAGAUCCAGAUGAGCCUCUGUACAAUUGUCUCCUUCGGGGAACUCAACAAUGGAAAGCCCCUGUCUCACCCUCUUCAUCCAUCACCACAAGCACCUCCUUUCAAAAUCCUGUUGGACAGAUGUCGCUCCUUACCCCUUUCGCAAAGCACUCCGAUGGGGCUGGACCAACUGGGCUGGAGGAGGCGGAUGUUGCUGAGCACUGGUGCUGAGAAUGACCUGGGUUCAAAGACUCUGGAGGUACGCAGAGAUGGCAGGAAUGGUGGAAGUAGAUGGAAGCCCCUGAAGCCUGGAGCUGAACAGCUGCUAGUCAAUAAACUGAUCAGUGGUGGUUCUAUUGUAAGUGCUGAGGCAGUAUGGGAUCACGUCACCAUGGCCAACCGGGAGUUGGCGUUUAAAGCAGGAGACGUUAUCAAGGUCCUGGAUGCUUCCAACAAGGACUGGUGGUGGGGUCAGAUUGACGAUGAAGAAGGAUGGUUUCCCGCCAGCUUCGUAAGGCUAUGGGUGAACCAAGAAGACGGAGUAGAGGAAGGAACCAGCGAAGUACAGAAUGGCCAUUUGGAUCCAAGCGCCGACUGCCUCUGUCUCAGCAGAACCCUUCAGAACCGGGACCAGAUGAGAGCCAACGUAAUCAAUGAAAUCAUGAGCACAGAGCGGCACUAUAUCAAGCACCUCAAGGACAUUUGUGAGGGUUACUUAAAGCAGUGCCGGAAGAGGAGAGACAUGUUCAGCGAUGAACAGUUAAAGGUCAUAUUCGGCAACAUUGAAGAUAUCUACAGGUUUCAGAUGGGUUUUGUCCGGGACUUGGAGAAACAGUAUAACAACGAGGACCCCCACCUCAGUGAAAUUGGACCUUGUUUCCUGGAACAUCAAGACGGGUUCUGGAUCUAUUCGGAGUACUGUAACAAUCACUUGGAUGCAUGUAUGGAGCUGUCCAAGCUGAUGAAAGAUGGCAGGUAUCAGCAUUUCUUCGAAGCAUGUCGUUUGUUGCAGCAGAUGAUUGACAUCGCCAUAGACGGUUUCCUUCUGACACCAGUGCAGAAGAUCUGCAAAUAUCCCUUGCAACUGGCAGAGCUGUUGAAGUAUACUGCACAGGAUCACAGUGACUACAGGUACGUGGCUGCUGCACUCGCAGUCAUGAGGAAUGUGACUCAGCAAAUCAAUGAGCGGAAACGGAGACUGGAGAACAUUGACAAGAUAGCUCAGUGGCAGGCCUCGGUCCUGGAUUGGGAGGGAGAUGACAUCUUGGAUCGGAGCUCCGAGUUGAUCUACACCGGGGAGAUGUCCUGGAUUUACCAGCCUUAUGGACGGAACCAGCAGCGCGUUUUCUUCCUCUUUGAUCACCAGAUGGUUCUCUGCAAAAAGGACCUGAUACGAAGAGAUAUCCUGUAUUACAAAGGUCGCAUUGACAUGGAUAAAUAUGAAGUGGUGGAUAUAGAAGAUGGGAGAGAUGAUGACUUCAACGUCAGCAUGAAGAAUGCCUUCAAACUUCAUAACAAGGAGACCGAAGAAAUUCACUUAUUCUUUGCCAAGAAGCUGGAGGAGAAACUGCGAUGGCUCAGAGCUUUCAGAGAAGAAAGAAAGAUGGUUCAAGAAGAUGAAAAGAUAGGCUUUGAAAUUUCUGAAAAUCAAAAGCGGCAAGCGGCACUGACAGUAAGGAAAGUCAGUAAGCAAAAAGGUGUCAGCUACUCCAGGUCGGUUCCUCCAGCCUAUCCACCACCCCAGGAUCCAUUAAAUCAGGGACAAUACAUGGUGACAGAUGGCAUAUCCCAGUCCCAGGUCUUCGAGUUCACCGAACCCAAACGCAGCCAGUCACCAUUCUGGCAAAAUUUCAGCAGGUUAACGCCAUUCAAAAAAUAAUACCUAGAGUGAGAUGGAGAAUUUUAAAAUAAAAAUUUUAAAAACUUAAAAAUAAAAAUAAAUAAAUAAAAUUAUAUUUAUAGAUGGACCUUUUUUCGGAGAAGCACUGUUGCAAUUAAAAAUAAUUCUAUAUAUAUACACACACAUAUAUAUAUAUAUAUCUAUAUAUAGAUAUAGAUAUAGAAGGACCAAAAACUUUUUUUUGUUGUUUUUGGGAAGCAAACUACUACUAGAUACUAGGAAGCACCAAUGACUUCUACUCAUGUGCCCGAUUUUAUUUUAUUUAAUUGGUCAGACAACAUCAUUUUUUCUGUUCAUUUUUUUUUUUUUUUGUCCAACUUGUCAUUGUCUCUCCAGGACAAUUUCUUGCUCGUUGUCUGUUUGUCACUGAAGUUCCUUGCAGGCCACAUUGGUGUAUAUUUUAUUUUAUUUAUGCCUUUUAUUUUUCUAUUUUAGAGGUGGGGAAGAUCUCUGCUCCCUUCCCCCUUUGCUCCCCCCACCCCUUGACUGUCCCCAGACUUCUUUUUUCAAUGAACAGCAUUUUCCCCCCAGCAUUCUCUGUUCUGAGUCGUUCCAGUCUGGGUGUGCUCUGUUGUGCACUGUGAUAUGCUGCUCAGUACUUCUAUUGCUUAACUGUUUUUAUAGGUGUUCUUGGGCCAGGGAGGGGGGUAUAAUCAAACAAAAGGGGGGAACAGAUCUUUAUUAUGUGAGAGAUGACUUCUGUUCAAUUGAUUUGUUGCAUUUUUAAACUGUGUUUCAUUUCAAUGCUGUGUGUUUCAAUCACACAUGCCAUUCCCAGUAAUGUCGAAAGAGAACAAUGGGGGCUUUUUUGUUUUGUAUUUUAUUUUAUUUUCUCUGGAGAUUUUUUUUAGCUGAGAAAUUACCCUGUGAGAUGUCCAAUACUAGCUUUUUCCUACAUAAAGAUGACAGAUGUUUUAAAAUUGGUUGAUGGCCUCAUGUCCUGCAUUCUAGGUAGAGAAAAAUUAGUUAUUGAACACAAACAAAAUGGCCAGUUUUCUUUCUGCAGGAAAUAACUCAGAGGACCCUCCUCUCUCUCACACACGCACACACACACGUAGCAUCACUGUUAUGAACCAUUGAUUACAGUUUACAGGAGCAAUGAUCCUAGAUGUAACAGCCAUUGCUGUACUUGCUUUCUGGUCUGUUACGUUUUAUUUAAGUAUCCCUAGCUUUGCCUUGAGCCCCAAAUUACCAAACAGGACAUUCGCUAACAAUGAUGACCUAUUAGGUUAAGGAUUAUUGCUUAAGUAAUCAAAAACAUUUACUCAACGUUUAAUGCCUCCAACCUGUGGAAGAGGUUGAAAAUUGCCUUUCAGAAAAGAUAGCACUGAAAUCAGUGUCUGAGAAGUCUUGCCAUGUGACCAGGACUACAUAUCCAAAUGUAGAUCAGCAAUCAGACUAGUCUAAACUGUAGCAAUGGUUCAGCAAACUUGCACCAUUGUCAAUAGGCUGCACAGUAAUUAGUUAACCUCUCUGUGUCUCUUUCUCUCUCUUUUUCUCACUCUGUAUUCAGAGCUGCAUUUUCAAUGACACCUCCUACAAUUUCACCCUCAGAUUUUAACCCUCAAACACACUAGUUUGCCUGUACGGAAGCCUGCAAUUCGGCUCACAAAACAGAUCAUUGCACUCACAAAUGCCUUUUUGCUUGGGCAAAUGUGGACAUUUUGCUCACAUAAAAAGGUGAAAAUUGUGCAGGUGCUGUUCUGUAUGCUCCUUUGAAAACAUGGGGCGAAAUGAUCCAAACUCUAAUUUGUAUUGACUCUUUUCUUUUGAAUCUUAUCUGUCAUCAAAGCAAAUCAAGCUAGCUACCGGUACAGAGAAAUGCCUGGGGGGGGAGCACAGAUUUAAUUUUUCACCUGAAAAACAAGAACCUGUGAAGACCACCAGUGAAUGAUUUCAAUAUUUCCAUGCAGCUUAUUCUCUUGUAGGACUAGAGCAAGCACUAAGAUAAAGGCACCAUGCCAUGUUAUAAGGGAGUGACCAUAUUUCCCAUCUAAAGCACAAAGAUUAUCUCAGCACUUUCUUUGCUACUUGAGAAAAUAUAAAUAAGCAACAAAGAAAGUCUAGUAUUUUAAAGAGAGGAAGGCUCGCCCCCCCCAAUAUGUAAAUGAUAUACAGUAGUAAAAAAAAAAAAAAAAAAAGUCCAAUCAGGAGGCAACCCAAUUUUUUUUACUAGAAACAUUUUUUAAAUACUCUUUUGUAUCUCUGCAUUUUUUAAUGGUUAGCAGCUCAGAUUUUAAUACAGAAUAUGUGGCAAUUAUUAUUUUUGUUUGUUUAAUAGGAUGGGUGUUUAGAGAAGUGAAUGAGACGAUUCCUCAAAAGUUGUAACAUAAAGGAUGAAACAAAAUGUCUUACAAUUUCUGAAUGGCUGGAGAGAGACACACAGAGAGAGAAAGAUUAGAGCCUCCUUGUCAAUAUGAUGAAAAUUACACCCGUACCUUUGCCUUUUUAAUUGCUUAAGGGAGAAAAGUAACAAGCACAUUAGUUAAGCCUGUUCAUUUACUGUUUUAUGCCUCUGAGAGUGAGAAUGGAACAUCCAUUAUUUUUAUGAGAAGAUGCUUCCUUAAUAUUCAGCACUAGAAAAAAGGAACAACACGGCCAAAUCAUUAUUUGCAACAUAAAUCAAGAUUCCCUUGAUCUGACAAGACCACGUGUUAGACUCACAGCUUCUUGCUUACAUGGAAAACCAAAACACAAUAGCUUUUCUAGCUUUAAACUACCUGCACCAAAGCCAAGCAGCAGGUAAAGUGAUGCAGGCCUGUGUUCCAGAGCAAAGCAGGGUUGGCCCUCAGUCAUGGCAUUCCGGAAAGCUCUUCCCAGCCAUAAGUUGCCAAGGUGCUGCAAGAAAUGAAGCAUGAAUAGAAAGACGAACCAACAAUGGGUCCCACUUUUACUUACUUAUUAAUUAUGGAAUAGAGCGCUGGAUUGGGCAGUCUUGUAUACUUGAAAGCUCCAAAACACAUUAGAUCUGAUCAAAUCGGGGGUAAUUUUUGACUUAGCAUGUUACAUAGAUUUUCAUUUCAAUGCCAGAAAAGAGGAACCCAGAUACCAUUCCAUGGGCAGUAGAACAAGAGAGUUGUAACAGACUUAGAUGUACACAGAAUUUCUCCAGCUGAAACUAUAUAUAUAUAUAAUAUAAAAAACCUCCUCUUCCAUAGGUAAAUGAUGCGCAUUACCCCUUGACCUAGCAGAGGAUGUAAGUUCAAGACUUUUGCCUCCCCACCCUCUCCAAAAGAUAAAACAAGAACCAACCUAGGUGCAUCUAACAGUUGUAAAUAGAAAAUAAUACAUAGAAAAAUAUAUUUGAAAUCUGUUUCAGUUCUUGGAUGGGCACUAGCCAUCCACUGCAACGUUAUUGAUAGUACACUGUGGUGCUUUGGGUUUCUGGUUUUGUUCUCUUUAUGCUCUGUCAUCUUUUCAUUGCAGCUACAUUUCAGGGAACAUGUAUAUUUAGUAGCUUUUGUAAGUUCUGCAUGGCAUCACCAAGCUUAUUUUUCCUUGAGAAGAUCUAAAGAGUCCAGAGGAGUUUAAAGGCACUAUGAUGAUGCGGACUUGUAGCAGAGAAUAAAAAAGAACAAUCAAGGUUUUUAAAAUACAAGUUUGAAGCCAAAUACUGAUAUUUUAGUGCUUUUGGGGUUUUAACAGUAUGGGCAAAAAAAAAAUGGAUUUUGGUAACCCAGCUGAUCCACACUUGCCAGUUUUAUUAUUUUGUUUAUAUUGGACUGUUUGACCCUGUCAAACAAGUGUCUAAGUUGUGUGUAUAAAACAAAACAAAAAAAAGUGUUGAAAAAAAGUGUUGUAAAGACACUGAGCCUUAUGAAAAUAUUUAUGGAGUUAAAUAAAAAGAAAUGAAAAGGCA